UAAGGCUGUUUCAGAUUUCAUAUUUCAGAUUUCAUAUUUCAAGUAAUAUUUUCUCGUGUGAAACUUUUUAAACGGGAUUUUCUCAGGGCUUCAUCGAAGAAGUAUGGAUUUUGAGACCAGCAUGACCACCUCCCUCGCAAAUCUUUCGGAGGAGGAGCUCAAGCAUCAAGGCGACUGCUUGUUCAAAGAUCGCAAGUUUGAAGAUGCCAUAAAGAGCUACUCGGCAGCCUUGAAUAUUGACCCCUCAAACUAUCAUCUCCUUAUGGAUCGGGCCAUGUGCCACGAAAAGCUCAAGCAAUGGGAGCUAUUUGUCCAGGAUUGGCGUCGUGCCCUGAACAUCAAGUCACAACGUCUAUUUGCAGCCGGACUAUUGAUGGGCGCCAAUGUUAUGGACUGUGAGAACAUUGAGGACGCCACCAAGUGCUUGGAGACCGCUCUUGGCGUGGCCAAGAAAGAAGUCGCUAGCAACACUACAGAUGUUGCUGUGAAGUUGGAAAAGGCUCGCAAGAAGAAUUGGAUCGACUUUCAGUCGAAAGAGAUACAACAAGAAACAAAAAUGCUUCUCCAUAUGAAUGAUUUAUUGAGGGCCGAUGAAAAUAAUCGCUUGUCGGAAUUGACGAAAAAUACCAACAAUUUGCCAGAAGAUGAGCUGCAGAUGCAAAAGCAACAAAUUCAACAGGAAUGUUGGGAUCAGAGCAAGGAACUACUCAAAAUAUUUGACAAGCUCUUUGAACGUCGUAAGAGCCGUGACAUUCCCGACUUUCUGCUGUGCCCCAUAAGCUUUGAGAUUUUCAAGAAUCCGGUUAUCACUCCCUGUGGCAUCACCUACGAGCGCACAGCGAUUGUGAAGCAUUUCACCAAAUGCGGUUUCUUUGAUCCUGUCACACGCACCGAACUCACCGAGGAUCAGCUAAUACCAAAUCGUGCUGUUAUGAAUGCCGUUGAAUCGUUUUUGGGCCAGAACGAAUGGGCCAGACACGAAUUAAAUGAGUAA